AUGGCUCUGCGAGGCGUGAGCGUGCGGCGGCUGCUGCGCUGCGCGCCGGGCCUGCGCGUGCAGCGCACGUGGGGCUCCGCGGGGGCGCACACCGAGACCGGCGGGAAGACGCAGAGCCCACCGGCCAAACCCUCGCGCCCGGAGUUUGACUGGAGGGACCCACUGGUGCUGGAGGAACAGCUGACGACGGAUGAGAAACUUAUCAGGGACACCUUCCGCAACUACUGCCAGGAGCAGCUCAUGCCUCGCAUCCUACUGGCCAAUCGCAACGAAGUUUUUCACCGGGAGAUAGUCCAUGAGAUGGGCGAGCUGGGCAUUCUGGGGCCCACCAUCAAAGGGUAUGGCUGUGCUGGGGUGUCCUCUGUGGCCUAUGGGCUCCUGACUCGAGAGCUGGAGCGGGUGGACAGUGGAUACAGGUCUAUGAUGAGCGUGCAGUCAUCCCUUGUCAUGCACCCCAUCUACGCCUACGGCAGUGAGGAGCAGAGGCAGAAGUACCUGCCACGGCUCGCUAAGGGUGAGCUUCUGGGCUGCUUCGGACUCACCGAGCCCAAUCAUGGCAGUGACCCUGGCAGCAUGGAGACCCGUGCCUGCCACAGCCCAUCAAACAAGAGCUACACUCUCAGUGGAACCAAGACCUGGAUCACCAACUCACCUGUGGCUGACCUGUUUGUCGUGUGGGCUCGGUGUGAGGAUAACUGCAUUCGGGGCUUCCUGCUGGAGAAGGGGAUGCGGGGCCUCUCUGCCCCCAGGAUCGAGGGCAAGUUCUCCCUGAGGGCCUCGGCCACAGGCAUGAUCAUCAUGGAUGGUGUGGAGGUGCCCGAGGAGAAUGUGCUGCCCAAGGGAUCCGGCCUGGCGGGUCCCUUUGGCUGUCUCAACAAUGCCCGCUAUGGCAUCACAUGGGGCGUGCUGGGUGCCGCCGAAUUCUGUUUGCACACGGCCCGGCAGUACACCCUGGACAGGAUCCAGUUUGGUGUCCCCUUGGCCAGGAACCAGCUGAUUCAGAAGAAGCUGGCAGACAUGCUCACUGAGAUCACACUGGGCCUCCACGCCUGUCUGCAACUGGGCCGCUUGAAGGAUCAAGACAAGGCCACUCCAGAAAUGAUCUCCCUGCUGAAGAGAAAUAACUGUGGGAAAGCCUUGGACAUUGCCCGCCAGGCACGAGACAUACUUGGGGGGAAUGGUAUUUCAGACGAGUACCACGUGAUCCGACAUGCCAUGAACCUGGAGGCUGUGAACACCUAUGAAGGUACACAUGACAUUCACGCUCUGAUCCUUGGAAGAGCAAUCACAGGAAUUCAGGCAUUCACAGUUGGCAAGUGAACUCACUUCUGCAGAGGGCCAGAUACUCUAAAGGCCCUUCUCAGACAAUGCUUGACUGGACCUGGGACCCUGCGAUAGGAGUUUACUUAGGAGGUGGUGAUCGACCUAACUUUUAUGAUGGGAAGUGAGACACCUAAUUAAAUGUUGACAUUUCCUUUUGGAAGUCACUCAAA